CUAUCAGCCAUUAGUUUAAAUGUUACAUUUGUCGUGUGAAAGUCGGACUUCGUAGCGUGUGUCGCUGAGGGGGUUUACCUAACGUGUGGUUAGUCUUAUGCACAAAUGAGACGCUGUGAACCUCUUCAGUUAAAUGAUUGUGCAUAAAGGUGGCAUGUCUUUGAAGGCCCAAGAAGCAUGUGCUACGCACUGAACAUAUAACCUACCAUUCAAUUUCGCGAGGUCAAGCAGGCCAGCGAAAUGCAGACGACCGCGUGGGCGCAUUCUGAGCACGCUCAUCAUGCAAACAUUCGCGCACUACUUGAGGGGGGUUUGACGUGGCCAGUCAUCGGCGCCAACUCCGACGUUCCAGAGGUCCCGGAUGUCCCUGAUGAUGCCGUCGUAAUUUUCGAGCAUCCAGACGGUUCAACAGUCGUUGGUGUUGAUGUCUCUAGGGUACCGCAAGUUUUCCGCCGCAGGCGCGUGCGACGCUCUCACCAACCAGCGGCAAGGGCAAAUGCAGAGGCGGAUGCAGCGUUUGAUGCCUUGCGGCACCAGCAGGCGCAAUUGUUCCGAAGGACCACCCUCCGUCGUCGCCGAACCGUGUUCCUCAUCCUUGUUGUCUGCGACGCGCUGUUCUUCGCCGCCUCGCUGCUCUUCCAGCUGAUCCGCGGCGGGGUGGGCAGCCUGCGGCGGCAGGGCGUCUCGCGGGGCAAGUCGCUGGUGCUGUGGUGGCCGGACCCUGCAGACCUGACGCUGGAGGAGAUGUCGCUGAGCCUCAUCAUAGACCUAGUGGGCUUCGUGGCCGGCCUGCAGGACAAGCCCUACAUCAGCGAGCUGUUCCUGCUGCUGCAAACCAUCGGCACCGUGCUCGUGUGCCUGCGCGGCUUCUCGCUGUUCCUGGUGGUCCGCUGCUGCCAGCUGGUGGCGGCGGGGCUGCUGCGGGCGGCGGUGGUGCACUACCUGAAGCUGGUGCUGCCCGACGAGGAGCGCAUGCGCCUGGAGGGCAUGUUCCUGGGGCUGCGGGCCAUGGGGCGCAUCCUGGCGGGCUUUUGCGGACUGCUGUGCGGACUGGAG